AUGGCUCCCUCCACAACAGUAGAAGCACUAGCAAGUGCCCUAGUUGCUCGGUUUUUGCGCACCAAUGACUAUCCAGAGACACUGAAGGCUUUUAUUCGCGAGGCCGGCCUUGCUCCCGACGUGGGUCAGACCUCGGGCGAUGACACCAACAACUGGACCAUCCAAAGCUUGCUCGAAGAGAAACAAACCUAUGACCAAAGCGUAAAUUUUGAACGAUAUGGCAAAGAUAACCAGCAGUCAGCUCUAUGGAGCGAGCCAGCACCAUCGAAACCGGAUGUAAUCCAGACAUCAACAUCGGCAAACAUCCUUGCUGCGUCAGUGAUGCAAUGGCAGAACCCCAGCGGCGAGGCUGAUGAAGCCGCUGCAGACGCUGUAUUAGCGCAGUCUUAUAUCGUCUCAACGGGUGCAGACAGACAUAUGCAUUUGCUCAAAACAGCAGAAGGAAACGAAGCUGUCAGAUCGUUCUCGGGUCUCUCUGAUUCGCCGAUUCUUUCGUUUUUGUCCGUCGUCCAGGGCCGGUACAUCCUCAUGACCAACAUGUCCGGCCAGCUGCUCCUCCAGCAUGGAUCCCAAACACUGGACAGCAGGAAAGAUCAUAAAAAGUAUGUGGUGAAGGUAGUAGCCUACGAAGACAGGAUAGAUCCAUCCAAGUUGUGGGUUGCCACUGCCGGGUGGGAUGAGAGUGUUCUCAUAUAUUGUCUGAAUAUCCCAGACCAAGCAGACGCCUCAGCUCUCAGAAUUGGGGAACCCGUUGCACGCAUUGAACUCCUUACAAACCCAGAAUCACUCCUUUUUGUUCCGCAUAUUGACACCAACGAGCUGCUUCUUCUCGUCUCACGCCGAGACUCGACUUCCAUCUACUACUAUCAAGUAGAGUCAGCUUCGGAAGAAGCCGAUGCUUCUCAUGCAAAUGAGGGAGUCGCUCGCCUACUCGGCUCCCAGAAUCUUGCUCCCCAUUCCAAUGCCUGGGUUACGUUUUCACCGGCGCAUAUGGCGCUCAGUCCCCACGACCCGGGUCUCCUCGCAGUAGCUACAUCGACACUACCCCAUUUGAAGGUCAUCAUCGUGCGCCUUCUGUUCCCAAAAACGAAAAUAGCGGGACAGAUUAACGCAUUUGCUUCUGAAGACCCAGUGACACAAGCGUCUCAAGCAAUGGCAGCUCUGGAAAUACAGAACCGGGAGGACGCUGCCAUCCUCGUACAGGCGAAUACUUUCGCACCCCAGACUGCUUACUCCACACCCCAGGUGGCGUGGCGGCCGAAUGGGUCUGGGGUCUGGGUCAAUGGGGAUGAUGGUGUGGUCCGCGGGAUCGAGACCAAGACAGGGAAGGUCGUUGCUACGCUGAAGGGUGGCCAUGACCCGGGCUUCAAGGUGAGGACUAUUUGGUCUGGAUAUGUUGCUGUACCCCAGGAAGAGGGUGACUCUAUUCGGGAAGAAUGGGUUAUUAGUGGUGGAUUUGAUAAACGAUUGAUCGUUUGGAAAGUAUGA